AUGUCGGCGGAUUCUCUUUCUCUCGCUGGUAAGGUUGCCUUGGUGACUGGCUCAGGAAGAGAAAUUGGCAUUGGUGCUGCCAUUGCUCGGGCUUUGGCGCGUAAUGGUGCACAUGUUGCAGUUCAUUAUGUAUCCCAAGAGUCGAAAUUAAGGGCAGAAAAGGUGGCGGAGGACCUUUCCAAUGAAUACGGAGCCAAGACGACCGUGGUACAAGGUGCCGUCCAAGACCCAGAGGCGGCUCGCAGAAUAGUCAAAGAGACGCUGACGGCAUUUGAUGCCCCUCAUCUCGACAUUCUUGUCAACAACGCUGCAGCCGGCUAUCCCAAGCCUCUGGAGGAUGUGACGCCAGAGCAGCUCCAGCACGAAUUUGGCGUGAUCACAUUUGGUACUAUAUACAUGAUUCAAGCUGCGCUUGGAGUGGGGAGCAUGCCUAGUGGCGGUCGUAUUAUCAACAUUGGGUCGACCGCCACGAAGCAAGGUCCUUACGGGGCUCCGGUAUAUGUCGCAGCAAAAGCCGCUCAGGAUUGCAUAGCCCAGGCCUGGGCCGGUGAGCUUGGCCGCAACCGCGGAAUCACCAUUAACACGCUUGCACCGGGUUUGGUUCCGACAGACAUGUCGAAGGCACUCCUGGAAACACCCGAUGGGACCCCGUCGAACGUGCAAACGGCCAUUAUUGCAGCAACGCGUGCUGCCGCACGUCUUGGAGCGCCAGAAGACUUGGCUGAUGCGGUGCUUUUGCUGUCAUCCGAAAGAAGUCGUUGGAUCACGGCCCAGUGGAUCGCUGUCAGUGGUGGACUCACUCCUACCAUGUGA